AUGUUCGACUGCGGUAAUUGUUGUCAAGAUCUUGAUUUACGUGAACGUUUCAAUCGAAAUACGAUUGCAUCAAUUUUGGCUGGUGUUAUUUUUGCAAUUGGUUGGUGGAUCAUCAUUGAUAGCACUUGUCAAUAUACUUCGCAGGCUGAUUUUAAUAAAGUAUUUUAUAUCAUUGGUUCUGUCGGCACAUUUGCACUGAUCUUGGUUAAUUCUGUAUCAAAUUCGCAAGUUAGAGGUGAUGGAUACGGUGACAGUUGUGUUGGUCAAUUCGGUGCCCGCAUUAUUCUUUUCAUUGCAUUUCUACUUGCAUUUGGUUCUGUAAUUGGUGGUGCUUGGGUAUUAUUUGGCUACUAUGUACCAUAUAAAAGCGAUAAACUUUACCCAGGAAUUGCUAUAUUCAGUCAGAAUCUGGCUAUUUUCAUCAGCACAUUAAUUCUGAAAUUUGGUCGCAAAGAAGAUCUAAGUUAUUAA